AAAAAGUAAACUAUAUUUCUUUGAAAUUAAUCAAGUAAUCAUUAAUCAAUCUUAAGAACAUCUUCUAAGCCCAAUUUCAUGCCCAGGUUUUUAGGUGCUUGAUGAUCUUCUCAUUUGGCUCUCUCUCUCUCUCUCUCUCUCUCUCUUUUUAAAUUUUAAAUCUGAUCUGGAGUGUUUAGUGCCAUUUUACAGUGUAUUUUUAGUGUUGGGUUAGUGCCAUCUGAUCUGGGAGAGAUCUGGGAGAGAGGGUCAAGGGUCUUGGGCGAGCCUGGAGGAGAGUUCUAGGAGAGGGUCAAGGGUCUUAGGCGAGUCUGGAAGAGAGUUCUGGGAGAGGGUCUUCAGUCUUGGGCAAGGCCGCGAGAGUUUGGAAGAGAAAUUUUACACAAGUCCAAUUGGAGGGUGUUUUUGGGACACUAACGGAAUGACCGGUUAGAAGAUAUUCUCUUGACCCAAUUUCCAUUGCUUAUAUUUUGAGGAACCUAACCAAAUCAAUCUCCCGUAUUGUGAAGAAGAAGAAAAGAAAUUAGUUUUUGACGACUAGUUGAGGUGAAGGCCGAAGAGAAUGCGGUUCAAGAUGUACGGUUCAUUCCGGUGCAGAAUGGUGCUGCUGCUUCUGUUUCUGCUUCUGGAUUGCAACUUCAGCAAUUGUUUAGCGGACACGUCUUCUGAGGCUACUACGCACACCAACAACUGGGCUGUUUUGGUCUGCACCUCUCGGUUCUGGUUUAAUUAUCGACACAUGGCUAAUACUUUAUCCUUGUAUAGGACAGUUAAGCGGCUAGGAAUACCUGAUGAGAGAAUAAUCCUCAUGCUGGCAGAUGACAUGGCUUGCAAUGCCAGAAACAAAUACCCUGCCCAAGUUUUUAACAACGAGAACCACAAACUUAACUUGUACGGAGAUAAUGUUGAGGUAGAUUAUCGAGGAUAUGAAGUGACAGUUGAAAAUUUUUUUCGGGUAUUGACUGGGCGUCAUGAGAAUGCCGUUCCAAGAUCUAAGCGUCUUUUAAGUGAUGAAGGUAGCCACAUACUGCUUUAUAUGACAGGACAUGGAGGAGAUGAGUUUUUGAAAUUUCAGGACUCAGAAGAGCUUCAGAGUCAUGAUUUAGCUGAUGCUGUGAAACAAAUGAAAGAAAAGCGUAGAUUCAAGGAGCUGCUCAUAAUGGUGGACACUUGCCAAGCGGCGACUCUCUUCUCUCAGCUUCAAUCACCUGGUGUCUUGGCCAUUGGAAGCAGCAUGAAGGGAGAGAACUCAUACUCACAUCACUUGGACUCAGACGUUGGUGUUUCAGUUGUGGAUCGUUUCACAUUUUACACCCUUGGAUUCUUUGAGAGGCUAAAUAUGUACAAUAAUGACUCAUUGAUCAGUCUUUUCAGUUCGUAUAAUCCUAGUAUGUUGAUGUCAACAGCAUAUUACCGAACAGAUCUAUACCAACGUCAUUUAGAAGAGGUACCUGUGACAAACUUCUUUGGCUCAGUCAUGGAAAUGAUACAUACCGAUUCAGCUUAUAGUCUUCUGUCAAGAAAGGAGUCUUUCAGGGUUGAAAUCAAGAUGUCUGCAGAUAAAUCAGUCCCUGACAAGAAAAGAUUAAUGGAUAAUCCCAGUGAUUUGGAUCAAAUUAGCGAAUUAAACAUAGAGAGGGAAGGUACAUGUGGUGCAGGAUCAACAUGGCGCUUUAAAACGUAUAUGGAGUACUAUACAAAAAGAGAUGGAAAAAGUCGAAGAUGUUGAUGCCUUUGUGAGCUAUGGCUUAGUACUAAUAGUUCCAUUGUUGGCUGUUUCCAUGUGGCUAACAUGGUGAAACUUUGAGGCAACAUAUAAUCUGUCUUUCUCCAGAGUCCAGACCUUUAUCCCCUGCCCAAUGACCUUUCAAUUUACAUUUGAUUCCCUUGUAUGCUAGAGGCUAAGAAGGGAAAAUGUGGUCAGACCUUGUUCGAAGCCGAUCCAGCAUUCGAAAAUAUAUUCAAGUGAGUAGUUUUUGAA